ACGCGGGGCAGGCCAGCUUCCGGCUCCCGGGGCGACCGGGCGGAAGUGAAGAGAGAUGCAAUUUCUGUCGUGGCUGUGAGUUGCUGUCUUCGCUGCCUAACGUGCUUCAAUGAGCUGCUAAAAUCAUGGUGAAAUGUUGCUCGGCCAUUGGAUGUGCAUCCCGCUGCUUGCCAAAUUCCAAAUUAAAGGGACUGACGUUUCACGUAUUCCCCACAGAUGAAAUCACCAAAAGAAAGUGGGUAUUAGCCAUGAAAAGGCUUGAUGUGAAUGCUGCAGGCAUUUGGGAGCCAAAGAAAGGAGAUGUCUUGUGCUCCAGGCACUUUAAGAACUCAGAUUUUGAUAGAAGUACUCCAAACAUUAAAUUAAGACCUGGAGUCAUACCGUCCGUCUUUGAUUCUCCGUAUCACUCACAGGAGAAAAGAGAAAACAUUCAUUGUAGAAACAAUUUCACCUUUAAAACCAUUCCUGUCACAAACCACAGUUACAGCCUUGUUGGUGCUUCCUCAUAUAUUGAAGAAUUCCAAUCCCAGUUCUUUUUUGAACAUAGCUACAGUGUAAUGGACAGUCCAAAGAAACUUAAGCAUAAAUUAGAUCAUGUGAUCAGCGAGCUGGAGGAUACCCAGGAAAGCCUGCGGAACGUUCUAGAACGAGAAAAGCAUUUCCAGAAAUCACUGAUGAAGACAAUCAGGGAAUUAAAGGAUGAAUGCCUGAUAAGCCAGGAAACAGCAAAUAGACUGAGUGCCUUCUGUUGGGAGUGUUGUCAGGAGAGCAUAAAACGAGAGUACAUUUCAUGAAGUAAUUUAAUAUUAUGUUCUACCAGAAAUCGGCACUGGUACAGCUUUUUAGAAAAUAUUUCUCACUUCCAUCACUGUAUAAUAACCAUCAUUUAGAAGUGCUGCUUUUGUCCCCUGGAGCAUUGUUUUAUAGUUGUUAUCCAAAGACUUUUUUGAAAACAUGCAGGAGUAUGUGGUAGUUAUCAUGUUUUUGUGUGACUUGUAACGAUUAUGUUUUAUAGGCCUGAACUAGAGUCAGGUCACUGUUGGUAAGAUGUUGAAAUCUCAAGAAAAUUGUGCAGGACCAAGGAAAUGUCCCAGACUAGCCACAGUAGGUUCCAGGAGUGGGCAGGUGGUGUGUCAGCAGCACGAGAGGCUGCCUCAUGAUAACGGUGAAUUUUGCUUUCAUUUAUGGUAUAUUUCCACCUAGGUACCAACCUAAGGUCUGUAGUUAGCAGUAAUGCUAAAGGGUCUUUUUACAAGGCUUCCCACAAUACUGAGCUGGGAGUUAUUCAUGGUGAAGGUUUGUUGACUCUAAAAUCAUUGCAAGCCAGUUUGGGAAGACCCCUACGUGAGCCAUCAGGUUUUCACUGCGGCACACCCUCCUUCCUUCCAGCAUUUGAUGUAAACCCAUAGAACUUUGAAAACAAGCUAUUGAUUUUAAGGUGGUUACUCUGAAAGGUUGACUAACUUCAUCAUAAAGAUAUAGCUUCUUAAAGGUGUAUCUGAAUGCCAGUAUUAGCUGAAUACUAUGAUGCUGCUUUGGUAUUUUAUAGACAGUAACAUUGCUGACAUUUUUUGAAAGCACAUAGAUGAAACCACUAAAAUUUUAGUAACUGUGUGGCUCUUCAAGGUUUAAUAAUUUGAGAAAAAUUAGAUUUUUUUUGUUUUACUUCGGAGAGUAUAGAUUUGUGACCAAGGGCUUUUCUUUAGAGAAGUUCCGUGAAACAACAGAUUUAAAAUAGCUUUUUAAGGAAUAUUCAAAAGAAUAACCUAGCUGUUUUCUGAUCCAAAUAUCAGAAACUUAGCUUUGCUCCUCAUAUGUUAUUAAGAGCAACUGGAACUAUCAUCAAUACUGUGCGAUAGAACAAAAACUAGCCAAAAUUUUGAAGCAUGUGUACAUGUGUGAGCCUCUUUCAGAAGUCCACGUUAGAACUUUGUUAUCGGUUGUCUCAUUGUAGUAACAAGAAAUGAACUGCAUUUUGUACUAAGUUGUUCCUUGUGGUUUUGUGUUAUCUUGAUAUCAAUAAGGAUACAAUCACUUGAGGGUUUUUUGUAUUUAAGAUUUUUCUAUGUUUUACUGUAUAUUUUUAUGUGGGUUUCCAAACCUUGACUCUAAAUGCAAUUUUACCAUGAUGAGAGGCAAACAUGCUAUUUACUAUUUUAAAAAGAAAGCAAAGCCUUUUUUAGCUACCCCUUAUUUAUUUCAGUUAUUUAACUUUAAAAUCACUCCAAGAG